CUCCUGGUGUUUCUCACCAGCAAAUCUCUCACUUGAAUUCUCAGGCAGUACCGGAUUAUCAGGAGACAAGCUCCCCAGCGCUCCCCAACAAUGGCAGGGAAGAAAGUUCUGAUAGUCUAUGCACAUCAAGAGCCUAAGUCCUUCAAUGGGUCUUUGCUGAAGAUUGCUGUGGAAGAAUUGACCAAGCAGGGCUGCAGUGUCACCGUGUCGGAUUUAUAUGCCAUGCAGUUUGAGCCCAGAGCAACAAGAAAUGACAUUGUUGGUCACCUGCACAACUCAGAAGUGUUCAAUUACGGUGUGGAGACCUGGGAAGCUUACAAGAGGGGAGGUUUGUCCAAAGACCUGGUUGAAGAGCAGAAGAAGGUGCAGGAAGCAGACCUGCUGAUUUUUCAGUUUCCCUUGUUUUGGUUCAGCAUGCCUGCGAUCCUGAAGGGCUGGAUGGACAGAGUCCUGGUCCAAGGCUUUGCUUACGAUUUGUCAAAGGCUUAUGAUGGUGGUUUGCUCCAGGACAAAUUAUCCCUGUUUUCUUUCACCACGGGAGGAAGCAAAGAGAAGUAUGCAACCAGAGGUGAUAUUCGCUAUCUCUUAUGGCCCAUGCAGCAUGGAAUCAUGCACUUCUGUGGUGUCAAAGUCCUUGAACCUCACAUCUCUUAUGCUCCAGAGCAUGCCUCUGAGGAGAAGAGGAAGGAGAUGCUGACUGCCUGGACCCAGCGUCUGAAGACUCUUUGGAAGGAAGAACCCAUAGACUGCUCUCCUGAGUGGUAUUUCAAGUAGCGUUCAGAUAUGAGACUACAGAGAGAAGAUUUUUUUCUCCAUUCUUUUGGAUGUUCUAUCUAAAUACCUGAACACUAAUGUUCUAAUUCAAAUACAUUUGAAGAAUUUUGAAUACUGCAGCUAGCAGUUUAACUGACAAUAUAGCAUUUACCUUCACUGAUUCCCAAGGGAUUCCCUUCAAGGAUGGGUGCAAAACUCUCUGUGAAGUUCUCCUUGCUCACAUUGCCAUCCUGCCUGCUUGUGGUUGAUAACACUCGUGGUAUUUCAUGGCAGAUUAUACCAUUGCUGCUUGUCAAACAGCAAAGUACACGGCCAAGUUUAUUUUAACACUUUUUGUACCAGUUGCCACUUUUUUUCCUUUACCAGGGAAUAUGGUGCCCAUACUCAACCUUU